GGAUGCCACCACCUUCUUAUUUGACGCAGGGCGAGCAAUUGUUUCCAGACCUGAGGCGUAGAAAGUACAGUUCAGCUUUGAUGGCUUUCAAUCCUUUAGUUGGCUCUCCAUCGAACCAUUCGAAACAAGGGUUUGUCUCCGUUCAGACGUACUCUGCUGUUUCCUGUCUUUUAGACACUCCUUCUUCGGUUAAAUUGUUGGAUAGCUCUUUGCUACCUUCGCCCGAAGAUCUAUACCCCUUUUUCUUUUUUACUAAGUAAACAAACAAAACUACCAAGAUGCCUCUCUCUGCCGAACGCAAAGCCGAAUACUUCGAGCGCAUGAAGGAGCUCAUGUCAACCUACAACAAGGCAUUCAUUGUAGGUGUGGACAAUGUGGGUUCCAACCAGCUCCAAACGACUCGUAAGACACUCCGUGGCAAGGCGGAAGUCCUCAUGGGCAAGAACACCAUGAUGCGUAAAAUCAUUGCGGAAUACGUUGAAGAGAAUCCCGGAAGUCCCGUCGAAAAACUCUCCGAAGUCUGCCGUGGCAAUGUCGGUUUCGUCUUUACGAAUGACGAUUUGGGUGACAUUCGUACCGUGCUCGAAUCCAACACGCGUCCCGCUCCUGCCAAAGUCGGUUCCUUGGCUCCCAGUAAGGUCGUUGUGCCCAAAGGACCCACUGGAUGUGAUCCCGGUCAAACUGCUUUUUUCCAAACCUUGCAAAUUGCCACCAAGAUUUCGCGUGGUCAAAUUGAAAUGGUGAACGAUACCGACCUCAUUCAAGAGGGAGAAAAGGUGACGGCAUCGCAGGCAGCUCUCUUGCAAAAACUCGGCAUUGAACCCUUUACGUACGGUCUCGUCCUCAAGGCCGUUUACGAUUGCGGAUCCCUCUUUGAUGCCAAGGUGUUGGAUAUCACUGACGAUGUCUUGGCGGCCAAAUUCUGCGAAGCACUCAAUCUCAUUGCCAGUUUGUCGCUGGCUACGGGAAUCCCCACGGAAGCAUCCGUGCCACACAGUUUGGUCAAUGCGUACCGUGCCGUGCUUGCCAUUACCAUUAAUUUGGAAGGCUACUCGUUUGCCAAGGCCGAUGAAGUCAAGGAAUACCUCAAGGAUCCUAGCAAGUUUGUUGGAUCCGGUGGUGGCGGCGGCGGAGGAGGAGGCGGCGGCGGUGGUGGCGGUGCCGCUGAAGCAGCUGCUCCCGAACCCGAGGAAGAAGAAGAAGAGGCCCCUGCGGGAGGUGGCUUGUUUGGUGAUGAUGCCGGCGGCGGUGGUGAUUAUUAG